AUGCCCGCGCCGCGUCUAGCCGCAGUAGCGCCGCAACAGCGUCUGUCCAUAUACCGCGAGCUGCUGCGCGAAUGCUCGUACCUCCCCCCCGCCGUCCGCCCUACGAUCCAGUCCCUGAUACAGACCCGAUUCCACCAGCAUCGCAAACAUGACCCCCGCGCCCAGCCGCACUGGGAGCGAGCGCAGCGGGUGCUGCGCACGCUGUCAGCCGCCAACACGGGCAACCGCAAGUGCAUGGAGGGUCUCAUCUCCAAGGCGUUUGGCCGGACCGGCACGCGCCGGCGCCAGCUGAUGAGCGAGUUUGUCGUCCCUCAAGGCGCCCAGGACACCAAGGCCCUCGAGGCCCUGACGAGCGGGACCGCCGAUGCGACAACGGAUGCCAGCGGCGGCAAGACGAAGGAGAAGAGGGCGAUAGGUAACCCCAAGAACCGCUUCUUCCAGAAGUGGGAUCAGCCGAAGCUGCUACGGCUGCUGGCCUCGCAGCGCCAGCGCCAGAGCGAGGCGAGGGCCGCCUCCCACCUGCUCGGGCCGGCGAUCAAGUCGACGAACCCGAGCGUCGAGGUGCCCAAGGAGAACAUCUGGGGCGACCCGCCGGCCGAGUGCGUCGUCAACGCCAAGAAGGCGCGCUGGUGGCGGCGCAGCGCGGACAAGAUGCAGCCGCCCCUCGGCAAGGGCGAGUGGGAACUGCUGGGGCGCCUGAGCCGCGGCGCGCAGGAAUCGGGCGAGUGGCGGGUUCCUGCUCGGCGCGCGCGCGCGGGAGCUGACACCGCCGAACAGCAGGAGGAGGAGAGCGAGGCUGCCGCGCUGAUGCGAUACGCAGCGCACACGGCGGCCGCGGUGGAGAGGAAUCGCGGCGCCAAGCGCAUCGCACGGUCUGGCCAGCAGGAUGUCGGGCCGUACGGCCGGUCGCACUCGGGCAGCGGCCUCUCGCCGCGGUGGUUCCGACGGGCAUAUGCCCGCACGUGGAUGCUCACGCCCAAGAUGCAGCAGGACCCGCGGACGCUGCAGUACAAGUUUACGUUUGGAGAUUUAGCCAGUCUCCGAGAGGCUACGCCGCAGCAGCGAUCCAUAUUUGACGGUGUUGACGUCAAUGGCCAGCCGCUGAAGAAGUCUGCCUCGUGA